UGCGUGGGUUGCGAUUGGCCGGCGUGGUGUUUCAGGCCGUUCUGCUGCUUUGUUCGGUGUAUCUGGUCGGCCUCGCUUCGAUCGUUCAAUCUAGAGGCGUCGCCGCCGCGGACGGCAGAGGCAUGAUCCUGGUCGGACCCUUCGUCUUCAACGUCGGGGACGUGGGUGAGGAAGACGUCGGUGCCGCGGACGGUGGCGGUGUGUGUGGUCUGGAUCGGACUGUUGGUUUUGAUCUGACGGCUUAAACAGACCAGUUAGAUCUAUUAGUUUAACAGAAAAAAAAGGAGAAAGAUAACGUUAAUGAAAAGGCCCCACGCACCAACGUACGUGAGGUUUUUAUCUCAACUAAGGCGCCCUGAUCGGGGGCACCCAAACCAACUGAUGGUUUAGGUCCCCUGUCGCCAGCCCUACAUAAAAGGGAACGGGAGAGGGUUGGCAGCCUGCGCGAUCACAAUUCUCGUACGGUUUCACUCCCCUCCCGAUAUUCUCUCACCCCAUCCGAUCAGGGGGAGCGCUGCAGCGACGGGAAGACCUACUCCAGCCGCCGCUCCCGUCCCCGGGCAGUGCCGGUGGCGUCCUGAGGGCAUCAGGACGUUGAGGAGGACUUCUACCUCGACUACAUCACCUCUGCAUCAAGCCUGCACCAAGCAGGCGAUCAUGUCCACUGCCGUGACACCUUCCGCUCCAUUCCGGUCCGACACGAUCGAACCACUUACGGGGAGUAACUUUCCUCGUUGGAAGUCCCAAGUCGAAUUAUGUUUGGGUUGUAAUGAAUUUGACUAUGCCUUGAGGGAAGAAAAACCUGUGGCACCUGUGGCAGGUGUCACAGGGUAUGCAGAACUCAAGGAGUAUGAUGUUAAGAUGGAAAAGUGGAAUAAGUCCAACCAUAUUGCGCUUCUCAUCAUGAAAGCGACAAUAUUGCCGGACAUUUCUGAAGCACUCCCUAAGAAAGAUACUGCUAAAGAUUUCCUCACUGAAAUGGAGGAGCAAUUUAAAGGCUCCGACAAAGUGUAUGCUCAUGAGCUUUUUGCUAAACUUCUUCAGAAAUACACUAUUGAUGGAAAUGUUAGGCAGCACAUAUUGAGGGUGGUAAAUGCUUUCACCAAGCUUAAGGCUUUGGAGUGUUCUUUAAGUGAAGCCCUUCUUGUCAUAAUUAUUCUUGAGUCUCUUCCUGAAGAGUUUGAACAAUUUAAGGUCAACUAUAACUCUCUAAAGGAAAAAUGGCCACUCUCUGAGAUGACCGCAAGGAUCGUCCAGGAGGAAGAAAGGAUCAUGAGGCAGAAAAAAGACCAUGUCUUUCAUGUUGGCUCUAACAAGAGAAAGCAUGACGGACAAGGUUUCCCUAAGCCUCAGAAAAGGCAAGUCAAGAAAGAAGGCACUAAGCCAUUCAACCCCAAGGCAUUCAAGGGUAAAGAAGCCGGUGGUUCUUCUUCUGCUCCUAGCAGCUCCACUGCUGGAGAAAAUGCUUGUAACUUCUGCAAAGAAGAGGGACACUAUCAAAGGGACUGCCCAGGCUUUCUAAAAUGGAUGAACAAAAGAGGGAUUCGAUACGAUCCAAACCAUAAGAGGAGGAACAAGAAAGCUUAAGGUUGCGAACGGAGUUGAGGCCGAUGUUGAAGCUGUGGGAUCUCUCACGUUGGAGCUACACACUGGCCACACUCUUAGAUUGAAUAAUGUUAUUUAUGUGCCUACCUUAAGUAGGAAUUUGAUUUCAGUUUCUCGUUUAGAUGAUGAUAUGUAUGAGUGCCAUUUUGGCAAGAAACAAUUUGCUUUGAUCAAAUGUAAUAAGAAUGUAGGCAUCGGUGUUAGACGAGGCCAACUAUACAUGUUAUCUCUUCAUAAUGAUUCAGUUAUGCAUGUGAGUGAUGAAAUUAAUGUUGAGAAGAAAUGGAAAGGAGUAAGUAAUUCUUCGAAAUUGUGGCAUUGUCGUUUGGGCCACAUUUCGAGGGGGAGAAUGGAACGCUUAGUUAAAAAUGAAAUACUCCUCCCAUUAGACUUCUCAGAUGCAGACAAAUGUGUCGACUGCAU